AUGUUUUUAACGAUAUUUGUAUUUUGGAUAAUAGUCGGUAGCUCGAACGCUGACGAGGAGCUGAAGGAGUUUAUAAAAAAGUCUAUAAAAGAAGAAGUUACGAAGGAGAUGUAUGAAAUUGUGGAAAAGACCACAAAAGAUAUGAAGGAAGAUAUGGAAAAGAAGAUUGACGAAUUUAUGUCAGAAAAAAUCCCGGAGCACGAGGAAAAGGUUGUGUUAGAGGAGGAAAAGGUUGUAUUAGAGGAGGGGCAGGAUUUGGAAGAGGAAGAAGAGUCUUCUGCAAUGACUAUUUUGAAGAAGGCUGGGGAAGCCCUUGCCAUUGUAGUUAUAUGCAUAUUGAUUGUGUUUUUGGUCUCAAAGAUUUUGGAAUACUACCGAAGGUUAAAGGACUGCUCUGAAUGA